CAAACACACGCACACACACCUGCUCGAUCGCCGGACAUUCGAACCGAUCCGCGACAUUUUCCUCGUGCACUUCCAGGCCCCCAAAGUCCCCAUCUAAUGGCAACCCACCUGCUCCGGAAUGGCGCUAUCGGCUGGCUGCUCAGGAACUGCAUGUCCCACCCCCAGGCCAGUAUAAGGCGCUGCCUGCACUUGACCCCCAGCCUGGACAAGAAGGUGUCCUUCAACCUCAGCGACAUUGGGGAGGGCAUCCGCGAGGUGACCGUCAAAGAGUGGUUCGUCAAGGUGGGCGACACCGUCGAGCAGUUCGACAAUCUCUGCGAGGUGCAAUCGGACAAGGCCUCGGUGACCAUCACCAGUCGCUACGAUGGCAAAAUCACCAAGAUCUACCACAGCAUCGAUGAGAUUGCGCUGGUGGGUAAACCCCUGCUUGACUUUGAUGUGGUGGAAGAGGAUGGCGACGAUGAGGAAGAGGACACUACGUCCUCAUCCAGUAGUUCUGCCAGCGAAGCGGAGCAGGUGAAACCGUCGGCAUCCGAAUCUGGCGGUCGUGUGAUUAUACCAGCUACGCCGGCCGUUCGUCGCCUGGCCAAGGAGAAUCAGUUGGAUCUGGCCAAGGUUCCGGCAACAGGCCGAAAUGGACGUGUGCUCAAGGGCGACAUAUUGGAGUAUUUGGGUCAGGUGCCGCCCGGCACCAAUGUGCCACAUCCCACGCUGGCGCAUGCCAAAAAGUCAGCAGCUCCGGCUGCGACCACCCCUGCAGCUGCUCCAGCUCCUGUGGCAGCCGCUGCUGAUCGCGUCGAGGUGCUGAAGGGAGUGCGCAAGGCCAUGCUCAAGUCCAUGACGGAAUCCCUGAAAAUCCCUCACUUUGCGUACAGCGAUGAGAUCGACAUGACCCAGUUGAUGCAAUUUAGGGACCAACUGCAGGCGGUGGCCAAGGAGAACGGCGUGCCGAAGCUCACAUUCAUGCCGUUCUGCAUCAAGGCCGCUAGUGUGGCCCUGUCCAAGUAUCCCAUUGUGAACAGCUCCUUGGAUCUGGCCAAUGAGUCGCUGGUCUACAGGGGUGCCCACAACAUUAGCGUGGCGAUUGACACGCCCCAGGGUCUGGUAGUGCCGAACAUUAAGAACUGCCAGGAGAAGAACAUUAUCGAGAUAGCCAAGGAUCUCAAUGCUCUCGUGGAGCGCGGACGCACUGGCUCUUUGACACCCACCGACUUUGCCGAUGGCACUUUCUCGCUCUCGAACAUUGGUGUUAUUGGCGGCACCUACACGCACCCUUGCAUCAUGGCUCCCCAGGUGGCCAUUGGAGCAAUGGGUAGGACCAAGGCGGUGCCGCGCUUCAACGACAAGGACGAGGUCGUAAAGGCGUACGUGAUGAGCGUCAGCUGGUCCGCCGAUCACCGUGUGAUCGAUGGCGUGACCAUGGCCAGCUUCUCGAACGUCUGGAAGCAGUAUCUAGAGAAGCCCGCUCUCUUCCUGCUGCAAUAGCGGGAAGGAGACAUUACUGCGAACGGAUAAUGAGGCUGUUCCACCCACCCAAUGCAUUUAUCUAGACGUAUAUAUUUUUUUCAAUUCUUUUUCGUAAACUCUAUGAAUGAGCCACGCCAGUUGCUGCCAUAUCCUCCCCCAAAAAAUGUGCAUUUAUAGGAGGCAGCUGCUCUGAGCGGCUCCUCGAUUACUUUAAGCUGGCGCACAUGGCUGGCUCGCUCCACUCCUUGUUAACCUGCAUUUAAUGCCAAUUUGUGGCCUUAGCCUACAGUUUGACUGUAGGCGUGCGUGUGCAUUUAUUUUAAAGCUUUGUUUUAAUGGCUGUCCAAUAAAUAUCCAGAACGGUUUAUGUGAAUAUA